CAUUUAUACACCAAAAGCCAUAACAUUUUGCCAGUAGUCAGUUUCAAAUUGUUGUUUCCAUGAUCUAUGGCAUCAAGGAAAAUCUUCCAUGCAAAACCCAAUUACAUCUAUCCAACCUCGGAGAUCAUAACCAGUGACAACCCAACAACAUUAUUGGCUUCUGAUGUCGAGUUUGAAGAAACUGAUAUCUGGAAUUCCAAUCAUGUUAAUACAGUACCAUUAAUGGAGACCAAAAGAGCAAUGCCAAUCUCUCGGCAGCCAAAGAAAACGAUCAGGAAGAACGACAACAUGGGAGACAAGAUCACUCCGGCAGCAUCGACAUCAUUGCCGGUGAACAUACCAGACUGGUCGAAGAUUCUUAAAGGUGACUUUAAAGAGCAUCGAAAGAAAGACAGUGAUGAAGAUCAUCAUGUUGAUGUUGACGAUGAACAUCAUGAAGCUGUUAACAUGAUUCCUCCUCAUGAAUAUUUAGCGAGGACUCGAGGCGCUUCUUUCUCUGUUCAUGAAGGGAGAGGGAGGACCUUGAAAGGGAGGGACUUGCGGAGGGUGAGGAAUGCAAUCUGGAAGAAGAUUGGUUUCGAAGAUUAGUUAGUUCAGAGGCGCUACAGCAGAAGAAGGACUUCAUCGUUAUUAGAUCAAUAAGCAGCUUAGGUCUCUGAUCACUAUAUAUAUCUUCUGAUCUUUUGCUGGAGGGACUGAUUUAUGUAUCUUGUUAUAUAUGUU